UCUGAACUUCCUGUGUUCGACCAGAAGAAGAAGAAUGGAUGGUGAUAAAAGUGAAAAAGUGUGAGGACUCUUGGGAAACAUCAGAGGUGGCAUGGAAGUGUGCAAAAACAUUAAAUUUUCCGUGUGCAAUUGAGGUGUGAAGAGACACGAGUGGUACAACUGUAGAGGGGCUCAAAUUGAUUUUUCUCCCAGCCCCACUUUGUGAUGAAAAACUAAAAAAGACAUUGUUUGAAGGAAAAUUUUGCUGCGUAAGAGGGACAAGAAGUUUGUGUGCAAAGUGGCAAAUUAAUUAGUGGAAAAUCACCGUAUUCUCCACACUUCCUCAUCAUCUCUUCUACAUUUUGUGAAAAGGCAAAGAAAAAUAAACACGAUUGAAUUCAACAGUUGGUAAAAAGUGCAAAAGACCCCGCAUUUUGCGUAGGGCAUGUUUGAUGGACAGUGGACACCGAAGUGUCGUCUAUGGCCGAUUCCGUAAGAAAUCAAUCGCUCUCUGCAGUGACGGAGGGGCAUACUGCCAGUAGUUCGACAGAAGAACAGAGAAAUACCCGUUUGAGACGUCAUCGUGCCAACUACUACAAUAGACCACCCUCUCCGGAUUGCAUUGCGUACAGAACACGCUCGAGACUCCGUGGUUGUGGUGCAUUGAGUAGUGUGGCCGAGAGUGCGGAUCAUCAUCACGGUGACGGGAGACAGACGACAGGAAGUAGCAGUAGUAGUGGUAGUGGUAGUGGACGGAAUAAUAGUUCACAUUUCGAUAGAGAAUCCCAAAUAGAGAGACAACAAAGCAGUGGUAGCAGCAGUAGUGGUGGUGGUGGUGGUAAACGGAGGAGAUCACGGGAUUGUAUUGCAUAUAGGACAAGGUCGAGGACGAGCUUCUAUCAAUCACCCGAGGGGAGUAGUAGUCAGAGUGGUAGUAGUGGAUCAGUGGGGGCACGAAGGGGAGUCAAGAGGGCACGUGGUGGACCCUUCCUACCAACCAUUGACGAAGACGUUGCGGGCAAUUCGUCGUCAUCGUCAUCAUUUUCCGUUUCCUCGGUGGAAUCCGUUUGCAAUUUUGUCGUGUACGACACACACAAUCAGCAGACGACAUCGACACCGCAUCAGGGUAGUGGAUCAAGUGGUGGCAGUGGACACUUUGCCAAGCGUCUCAAAUUGUCUGAUACACGUGAGAAUAAUCAGCAACAGCAAAAUCCAGAAACGAGUGGCACAAGCAAAGCCCCGAACCUGGGGGCACGUUUAGCGCGAGGCAGCAGUGGUCGGGAGCCCCAGCAUCAUCAAUCUGAGUCGCAGGGGCACCCACCAAGCCUGCUAAAACGCAGUUCUCGUGGCAAGGGGGCAUCGCAAGCAGCAACGACGGGUUCCUGUGUGAGCUCCCAUAGUCGUGGCACAGCAGGUAUUUCACAUCAACAGAAUAACAGCAGCGCCUCGACAUCGUCAAAGUUUUCAAGCAGCAGUACCGGUGGUGCUGGAACAUCCUCCACACUUGGUGGUGUGACAACAGGUACAUCCACGCGCCACCAUCAUCAUCAUUCAUCGCACCAUUAUCAUCACAAUAAUUCAUCAGGCAGUCAAAUUGCGACAAGUGGUGGUGGACAGGGAGUCCAAAUUGACGUGAACAAUAGUUCCGGGGCGGCAUCAACGUCACACGGACAACAAGGCGGUGGGAUGGCGAACGACGGGCAACGCGGGGUGGACACAACAAAUCCCACGGUGAAGUUGCACAAGAGUAGUCUCAUGUCGACGUCAUCGAGUGCAUCAGGGGCGUCAGGGAGUGGCGGCGGCAGCGGCGGUUUGGCCGAUGCGACAAAUUUGCAUUUACUCACGCAACAACCAACAACGAGCAGUGCGAGCUCAUCGAGUGCCGCUGCGAAUUCGAGUAGUGCCACAAGUGGUGGGCAAAUGCCACCGCAUCCGGAUUCGGAGAGUGAUGACAGUGAGGUGGGGCGUCUUCAGGCCUUGCUGGAGGCACGUGGUGUGCCGCCGCAUUUGUUUGGGGCCCUUGGACCGCGUAUGCAUCAUCUGCUGCACCGUUCAAUGGGUGCAAAUAGCUCAUCGAGGGCGCAGCAAUUGCUGCAGGGGUUGCAAUCGCAGGAUGAGAGUCAACAAUUGCAGGCAGCCAUUGAGAUGUGUCAGAUGCUCGUGAUGGGGAAUGAGGAUACCCUCGCGGGAUUCCCCAUUAAGCAAGUUGUCCCAGCAUUGAUCACCCUCUUGCGAAUGGAACAUAAUUUUGACAUAAUGAAUAAUGCAUGUCGUGCCCUUGCGUACAUGCUGGAAGCCCUACCGCGAUCAUCGGCAACGGUUGUGGAUGCAAUUCCCGUGUUUUUGGAGAAACUUCAGGUGAUUCAGUGUAUGGAUGUGGCAGAGCAGAGUUUAACGGCAUUGGAGAUUCUUUCAAGGCGUCACAAUAAGGCUAUACUGCAGGCAAGUGGUGUUGCUGCGUGUCUAACAUAUCUCGAUUUUUUCUCAAUCAACGCACAACGUGCCGCCUUGGCUAUAACGGCAAAUUGUUGCUUAAACUUGCACACGGAGGAAUUUCAUUUUGUCAAUGAUUCCCUGCCACUUCUUGCGCGUCUUUUGGCGCAACAGGAUAAGAAGUGUGUUGAGAGUGUGUGUAGUGUCUUCUAUCGUUUGGUUGAUAGCUUCCAACAUGAUUCGGGGAAACUGCAGGAGAUUGCAAGUAUGGAAUUGCUCAAGAAUUGCCAACAAUUGCUCGUGGUGACACCAACUGUACUCAAUUCGGGCACAUUUACAAAUGUUGUGCGUAUGUUGAGUGUUAUGUGUGCCAAUUGUCCGGAUUUGGCUAUUACGCUCCUCAAGAAUGACAUUGCAUCGACUCUGCUGUACCUCCUGACCGGGAGUGCGGAUCCCAUUGCAGCAACAGAUGUUGAGCUUGUGGCGAGAAGCCCGUCGGAAUUGUAUGAGAUUACAUGCUUGAUUGGUGAGCUAAUGCCACGUCUACCGACAGAUGGAAUCUUUGCCGUUGAUAUCUUCCUUGAACGCUCAAGUGGGGGGAAUCAAGAUCAAAUUCAAUGGCAAUGGCGUGAUGAUCGUGGUGUAUGGCAUAGUUAUUCGGCAAUUGAUUCACGCAUGAUUGAGGCAGCUCAUCUCAAUAGUGACGAUGAGAUAAGUCUCAGUGCACUCGGGAGGACGUACACCAUUGAUUUCCAUUCGAUGCAGCAGAUAAAUGAGGAUACGGGGACAACGAGGUCCGUUCAGAGGAAGAUUAACCCAACAAGUAGUGAACAUUUGAGUGCUGUGUGUCACGAUGUUCAGACAAAUACGGGAGAUUUGGUGAGUUUCACGGGUACGGUGAAUCUUGCAAUGAGACCACCGAGUGCGUAUAGGGACGCACGGAUAGCGUGCUUGAAGGAGGAACGUGGAUUAGCGGCGGAAUUUGUGAAGAAUCUCUUCUCAGUCCUGUAUGAGGUGUAUAGUUCAUCAGCUGGCCCAGCGGUGCGGUAUAAAUGCCUUCGGGCACUCCUCCGGAUGGUUUUCUUUGCAAAUGCUGACCUCCUGAGGGAUGUGCUGAAAAAUCAGAUUGUUUCAUCGCACAUUGCCGGGAUGAUGGCAUCGAAUGACUUGAGAAUUGUCGUUGGUGCCCUGCAAAUGGCUGAGAUUCUCAUGCAGAAGCUCCCGGAGGUAUUUGGGGUACAUUUCCGCCGGGAAGGGGUUAUGCAUCAAAUUCAUCAACUUGCCGAUCCAACUAUACCCAUUUGUGCGAACCCAUCGCCGAAACUCAUCACAAAUCCGGGGAGUGUGAGUGCACCGGCAAGUGCAAGUGGUCUCCACAAUAAUGCUUUUGAUUUUGACGCAUCAACAUCGAAGAUUGCCAAUAAUAUGCAACAUGUGAAGAAUUUGAGUGGAACAAUGAUUAUAACGCCAAAGAUGACCAUGUCAAUGCCAUCGACAAGUGGUGGUGGCGCAGGCGUUCAACAGGCUGUAAGUUUACCCGGAACAAGCAAUCAUCUCUCAUCAAUGUCCAGCGGAAGUGGAUCGAGUGCUGGUGGACGUGGAGCUGCUUCAACGAGUCUCAUGUCAACUAGUCUCCAGCUGGAUUGUCACACCGUUUCCGGGCUGAACACAUCAGCUGUUUCACCGCACAAUGGUAGCCUGUUGUUCACAUCAAUCUACAAUAGUAGUACCCCAAUUCCCAUGAGUACCGAUAGUAGUUCCACCAGCAAUACGUCCAUUCAGCAUUUGUCGCAGAAUCAUCAUGCGGAUUUGCUAAAUCUCACCGAUUCGGGUAUUGUGGAUCGCAGUCAGACACAAACGCCGGGGAUGCAGACAAAGAUGACGGAUAUAUUGAAGCGAAAAGUGCCACCGAAACGAAAGCCACAGGGGCGUUCGUCGAAAUCCCGUCAGGAUGAGACAACGUCAACAUCAGCUCCGGCCGCUGUGACGCAAUCGUCCGUAAUGCAGGAAUUAUUCAAUAAGGCCACAACUCUCGGUUCAAGUGGACGCAAUACCCCAUCGAGUUCAUCCACGUCGUCACGUUCACGCUUCGGCGGGACGUCCAAGACAACGUCCUUCCUGGCAUCACUGAAUCCAGCACGCUGGGGACGACAGUCGAGCCAUGGAUCCUUCACCAAAGACACAAGCUCCUCGAGUACACUCAGCAAGAGCCCAUCGAAUUCCAAUCUCAUUGCUGCUGGGAAUCGUGAGAAGGCACGCCAAUGGAUACGUGAGCAAGCUAUCUCAUUUGUGCAGAGAUAUGCCGAACAAGAGGCCUCUGGGUCAAUUCAUUCGGCAUCAAUGGUGCUGGCACGUCUUUCAGACGUAAUCCUAAAGCUGAAUGGCAAUGCAGGAGAGAUCAUUGAUGCAUUGCAUGAUCUCCAGAGAAUCCUCAUUGAGAGUGACAUUUCGCCAUUUGAAGUUAAUUACUCAGGAUUGAUUAAGGCCAUGCUGAAUUUCAUGGCGAACGAACAGGGAAUUGUGUCCAGAGAUGAUAGACUGAGAGCAUUCCUGCACGUCUUUGCUGGUCUGCCACUCGACGCUGGCUUCUGUGGUCCACUUGCCACAAUCAAUCCAGUGUCUUUUAGUGCUUUCGUAGCUAAAUUGAAUGGUUGUGUUACGCAACUGGAGCAGUUUCCCGUGAAAGUGCACGACUUUCCGGCUGGUGUUGGGGGGAGAUCCAAUACAAGUGCCCUUAAAUUCUUCAAUACCCACCAGCUCAAGUGCAACCUGCAGAGACAUCCGGAUUGUACGAAUUUGCGCCAAUGGAAGGGUGGCACGGUGAAAAUUGAUCCACUUGCCCUCGUUCAGGCCAUUGAGCGGUACCUCGUGGUACGUGGCUACGGUGGUAUUCGUGUGGAUUCCGAGGAGGACUCCGAGGAGGAUAUUGAUGACAAUGUGGCAGCUGUUGUGAUGUCUCAGGGUGGCUUUAAGCACAAAUUGCAAUUCCUCAUUGGUGAGCAUGUGCUGCCGUACAAUAUGACGGUGUACCAGGCAGUUAAGCAAUUCUCACCGCUUGUGAAUGAUCAAUCGGAAACGGAUACGGACACGGAGACCCCCAUUGGGAAUGCGAGUAUUUGGGUGCAGCAACACACCAUCUACUAUCGUCCAAUGGAGGAUGAUUCGGCCGUGGGGAGCAAUAAGAGUGGAAGUAGUGGGAGUUCGAAGAAGAGUGGAAAGAGCUCAGCAACAAAGAUGAGUCGGAAGAAGACGGAAUUUUGGACAGAAGGAACUGUUCCCAUGAUCUCAUCCCCCUUGACGCCAUUCCUGGUGACUUUGUUGCCAAAUGAGGUGGUUACGGUGCAAGAUGCCGCCUUGGAUGCACUGUGUAUGCUGCGGAUUGUUAAUGCGCUCAAUCGGCACUGGACCUACCUGUAUAGUGGAGUUGUUCAUGCCAAUAUCAUUCCACAGUCUGAAUUUGUGCAUUCAAAGAUCACAGCAAAGGCAAAUCGUCAACUUCAGGAUCCCCUUGUGAUAAUGACGGGGAAUUUGCCGCAGUGGCUACAGCAAAUUGCCACUGUGUGCCCCUUCUUGUUUCCCUUUGAGACGCGACAUUUGCUCUUCUAUGCCGUGUCCUUUGAUCGCGAUCGUGCCCUUCAGCGUCUCCUUGAUACAACACCGGAUCUCAAUACGGGUGAUACAUCGGAACGUGUGACGCCACGUCUUGAUCGCCGUAAGCGUGCCAUUGCCCGCGAGGAUAUCCUCAAGCAGGCAGAAAUGAUUAUUCAGGACUUUGGGCACUCAAAAGCCCUCCUUGAGAUUCAAUAUGAGAAUGAAGUGGGAACGGGCUUGGGGCCAACAUUGGAAUUCUAUGCUCUCGUCUCCACGGAGCUGCAACGCUGUGAUUUGAGCCUGUGGAAUGGCAGUGAUAGCUACAAGCAGCAAUCAUCAACAAUUGCGGAUGUAGUGAAAUCGGGACUCAAUCAGAUUGAGGAUGAAUCUUCACAGUUGAGUAGUAGUGGGGUGGCAGCUGUUAUCAGCAAUGAGGGCAGCUUGAAUAUGUUGAUUGAGCAAUCGGAUCAAAUGCUCGACACGGAGGCAUCACCACAAUCCCAUCAUGGGAGUGGGGCUGGUGAGGAGAAUCGGAUGGGAUCCCCACUGCCGCCACAUUCACCGGCUGUGACGUAUGUCAAUGCACCCCAUGGGCUCUUCCCCAUUCCACUCGGUAAGACUGCAAAGCAGCAGCAGAUUAAUCGGGUGAAGGGGAAGUUCCGGUUUUUGGGUAAAUUUAUGGCAAAGGCUGUGAUGGACAGCAGAAUGUUGGAUCUUCCAUUUUCAAUUCCUUUCUACCGUUGGCUGUUGGGUGAGGAGAAUGCCCUAAAUCUGCAGGAUUUAGCACAAAUUGCACCAGAAGUGCAAACAACACUGGUGCGUCUGCAGGAGAUUGUCAGACAGAGAGAUUUAAUCCUCCAAUCGACGUCUUUUGAUGCAAUGGAGAAGACUGAGAAGAUUGAAAGCUUGGACCUCGAUGGUUGUCCCAUUGCUGACCUGGGAUUGGACUUUGUUUUGCCGGGCUAUGCAAAUAUUGAGCUUCGUCGUGGUGGUCGGGAUAUCCCCGUAACAAUUCACAAUCUCCACCAAUACAUCACACUUGUGUCCUUUUGGUUCCAAGUUGAGGGUGUUCAAAGGCAAUUUGAGGCACUUCGUGAAGGAUUCGACAGCGUUUUCCCAUCACAUCGUCUCAGGAUGUUCUAUCCGGAGGAAUUGGAGAAUGUCUUCUGUGGCUCGGGUGCGGCUCAGGGUGUCCACAAAUGGGAUGUUCGUAUGCUCCAGGAGAGCUGUCGAACUGAUCAUGGCUUUACGCAAGACUCAAAGGCAAUUCAGUACUUUUAUGACAUUCUCAGCUCGUAUGGGCGUGAGGAGCAGCGGCUAUUCUUACAAUUUGUCACGGGGAGUCCGCGCCUGCCAACAGGUGGCUUCAAAGCCCUCACGCCGGCACUCACAAUUGUCCGAAAGACAUUGGAUAGCAAUCAGAAUCCGGAUGAGUAUUUGCCAUCGGUUAUGACGUGUGUCAACUACCUCAAAUUGCCCGACUACAGUAGUCGCGAAGUGAUGAGGAAUAAAUUGCGUACGGCUGCCUGUGAGGGGAGUAUGUCGUUCCAUUUGUCCUAAAGAAAAUGCAGCAGAAGAAGAGCAAAAUUUGCAGUAAGAAUUGAGAGAAAGAGAGAGAGAGAGGAAUGAGGAGAUGUGGAAGAAGAAAAAUAUUCUAGUCCAACAAUUCUCAUUUGUGGUUUAAUAAUGAUUAAUAUGAUGAUGAUGAAGAUGAUGGAAGAAAUCCCUCUACUUAUAAUAAUUCUUUUUCUCUGAUCCCUCCCACCACAAUUUGGAACAUUUUAUGGAUGGAAGAAAAGAUUUAAACAAAAUAAAUUAUUGUAUUUCUUUGCCUUUUUUUGAUUAUUGAGCACAAUUUAUAUUCACAAAAAAAAAGAACUUUUUACAAAGAAAAUAAAUAAAAUUGGAGAUUUCUCACCUUCCCCCACGCUUUUCUGCAAAGUUUUAAUGUGCAAUUUUUUCAAAGUUUUUCAUAAAGAAAAGUUUUAAAAUCAACAAAAAUGAAAAAAUAAUAAAUUGAAAUUUUCCCUUCCCUCGCACAGUAAGAGGAGUUUUUAUGUGGAGAAUAUAGAAGAAAACAAAACAGAGAGAAAAGACAAACAAAUAAUAAGAAAAAUGUAAAAAGGAAAUCAAGGAUAAAGAGCCAAAAUACAAUAUAUCGUAUAGAGUAAGAGAGAUAGAAGAAGAAGUGAAAUUGACGAAAAUGAGAUCCAAUUUAGACAUUUGAGUAAAAAAAAAACUAAAUAGAAAACAAUUCGAGAGAGAGAAUGAAUUUGUGAUUUUAUAUAAAGAAUAUAAUUAAAAUAAAUAAAUAAUUUGAAGUAAUUUAGUAAGGAUAAUAAGAAAGAAAAAAAAUGAUAACCAUAGGAUUGAGAAAAUAGAUUUUGUUGCCCAUUUGUCUGGUUUUAUUCUGGAUAAAAUUUUAUUAUUAUUUCUCCUCCCAAUCCUAUUUCAUGCAAAUUAAUAUCUAAUAAUUUUAUUUGAUGAUAAAAAUUGAAAUUUCCCGCCUUCCUCCUUCCUCCCCACUUGUCCCCUAUUUCCCCCAUUGUACAAAGGCAUAUAGAUAAACAACUCUUUAAAAAAAGAACAUGAAAAAAUCGUGAAUUUCUGUGUCCCAAAAUGUAGUUUUUAAUGUGAAAAAAAAAAUAACAAACAAAAAAUAAGAAUAAUUUUUGAGAGAAAGCAGAGAGAGAAAUUUUCCCCCCAAAAGAAGAAGAGGAAUUUUCUCAAGGAAAGAAGAUAAAUUCGAGCUUUGAUCUCGUUUAUUUACUAAAUCUACGUAAUUAAUUAAUUACACAUUAAUUAAAAAAGAAAAAGAACUCAAAGAUUCAUGAAGGAUAUAUCAAAAUUUCAGUAUCCCAAAAAAUCCCAACUAUUUGCAACAUUAUUUCAUGAAUAAACUUUUUUGUUCAAUCAAAA